AUGAUACCUUUUUUCUUAUUAGCAAACAAUGACGACGAUGGAUUUGAUUUGAUUAAGCCAUCUUUGAUCCAGCAAUUAAGAACCAUCCUAGAUCAGUAUCCAGAUGAUGGACAGAUAUUGAAGGAGCUCAUCCAAAAUGCAGAGGAUGCACACGCAUGUCAUGUAAAAUUCCUUCAUGACAAACACAGCCAUGGCACAGCCAAACUUCAUCACCAGGAUCUUGCUCAAUUUCAGGGCCCAGCACUUUAUGCAUACAAUGACGCUCAGUUUACAAAAGAUGACUGGAAGGGCAUACGGAUGUUGUGUGAUAGUAUUAAAGUCAAAGACCCAAUGAAAGUUGGCCGUUUUGGUCUUGGCUUCAAGUCUGUUUUUCAUAUGACAGAUCUACCAAGUAUCGUAAGUGGUUCGCGGAUCGGAGUGAUUGAUCCGCACGAAAAGUACUUUAGGGACGAAAAUGGCAUACGAACCGGGCACAGGUGGCUAUUGAAAGAAGACGGAAACAUCAUAAACAGCAUCCCAGACCAGUUUCAGCCGUAUAAAGGAAUAUUCGAUUGUACAGAGGACACCUUCAAACAGGGGUCCUAUAAUGGGACACUGUUUCGUUUCCCUCUAAGGACAAAACCAUCCAAGCUAUCGCCGACGUUAUACACUACCCAAAAGGUGCACACGUUGUUUGAAAGUUUUGAGGCUGAUGCUCAUUUGAUCCUUCUCUUUCUUCAGUAUCUGGAAUCCAUAGAGCUUUUUGACCGAGAGGAAACAGACAAUGACGCCAGAAAAACCUUUCAAGUCCGAAUCACAAAUGAUACUUUACAAUUAGUGCGAGAAAAUAGGAGUGAGUUUCGAAGAAAGAUCUCAUCAGGUGAACUAUUGCCAGAAGCUGUUUGGGUAACUUAUCCUAUCACAAUCGAGGCAAUUACUUACUCCAAAGGCACGCAAAGUGCGUCAGAGCGACAUUCGUUUUUAGUUACUAACUACUUUUGUGGAGGAGAAAUCUCGUCAGAAUUUAGAACCUUGGCUUCAGAUCAAGAUCUCAGCUAUCUGCCUUUGGUAGGUGUCGCCAUGGAGUUGCCAGAACGUCCCGUGAAAGAAACGCCAGACAUGAAAGGCCACGUGUUUUGUUUCUUACCAUUACCAGUACAGAAGACAAGUUUAACAGGAUUGCCAGUGCAUAUCAACGGCUUCUUUGCUUUGAGUCAGAACAGGCGAUACAUUAAGACGCCUACAGCUGAACAAGAAGAUCUGGCUGAGAAGGAAGGCCAGCCCCUGACUGACAAGUCAUUGUUAUGGAACCAGUGUCUUCUGCAAGAGGCCAUCCCUAAAGCGUAUGCUUCUCUGCUGCUGGAUGCUAUGGACGAGCAGAACUACAACGUGCAAAGCGAAGCCGUGUACAAAGCAUGGCCUGAUACAACUAACAUAGACCAGAAAUGGAAAAGAGUGGAGAAACCCCUAUUUGAGUUGCUUCUCGACAAAAGCAUCAUCUACACUCCGGCUCAAGGAGGAAAAUGGAUAAAAUUGGCAGACGCGAUCGUUGAAAGACUUGCAGGAAGUGAUCCUAAGGAAUUGCUGGUGAACGUUUUUCUUGCAGCGAAUGAAAACGUCGCCUGUUUACCCGAACACGCCCUAAAAGCCAUUUGCUUGUACUCAACGUUGAGUGCAGAAGUAACACCUUCGUUGACGCGAAGAGUCCUAAAGAAUGUCCCCUCUAGCUACUCAAACUUACCACGGUCAGAAAAACUUUUGCUGCUUGAUUUUGUCCUCAAAGACGGUUGCUUUUCUGACCUACUUGGAUUGGAGCUGUUACCGAUUUCUAACAAGCAGUUCAUGUCGUUUUCCAAUACGGGCGAGGCUGUUUACAUUUCGUCGCCAGCACAUCCCCGUGAACUCUUACCAUGUCCACAACAAAAGUUCGUUGAUGAAAGCAUCGACAAAGAUUUGUUGCGAAAACUGAAUGCAGUCGCAAAACAAGGGUGCACUCAGUUACGGCAUUUCACCAAAGAUGACGUUGCUAAACUUCUCCCGACUUCACUACCACCUGGAUGGCUUUGGGGAAAAAUUAUUUUGUGGCGUCCUGGCGUCAGAGGCCAACCGUCCAAUGACUGGCUGGGAAACUUGUGGACAUACUUGGGAAAGAACUUCCCCUCAGUAGACGAGCUCUGCAGUUUUGAAAACCUGCCACUACUUCCACUAAAUAUGUCGAAAGUUCCGAUUACCCUCGUGAGACUUAAACAGUUAUCUGAUGUUGUCGUGAGAAGACUUCAUGGCAAUUCUUUAGACGACGCUAUUGUUGGAGCUUUGGAAGAGCUUGGUGUUACAGUAAUGCAAAGGUAUCCGGGGUUCCUAGGCCUGCACCCUGCCGUUUCGGAAACGUUUGUUCAUCCGCCAUCAGUUCAAGGCGUCUUAAAAGCUGUGGCAGCUUUUCUUUCCUUAAAGCCCAAUGCCGUGAAAAACAUAACAGACGAUGGUAAACGAUAUUUUAGGCAGUUUGUCGCCAAAGCCUCUUCGCUCAGUCCAGAUGAGAAGAAAGUCUUGAACUGCAUACCACUGUUUGAGACUUUGUCCGGAGUCUUUGUUUCUAAAAGUGAUGGCCUUUGCGCUGCACCUGAUGAUGCGUUUCCAGUGAAAACCUUCAGAGAUCUCAUAGACAUUAGAGAGAACGAUGCAAAGAGAUUGGCAGGUUUGUUAGACAUCCAAGUCUUGACAGGUUCUGAGGUUCUGCUUGAGGUGAUAUUUCUGGAUGUAGUGGGUCAGCGUUACUCCACUGAAGAAAUUGACAGACUCAUGGAAUUCGUGAUGGAUAGAUAUCACGUUUACACCGCAGAGGAUGAGAGAUUUCAGAAUCAGUUAAAAGAAGUACCCUUUGUUUCAACUAAAAAUGACAGAGUGAGACCUAAGGAGGUAUUUGAUCCCAGAGAAGACUUCCUGAAAAGAAUUUUCGUGGAAGAAGAUGUGUUUCCUGUUGGAAAGUACGAUCAACCUACAGCUCUAGUAAUCUUAAAAUACCUUGGCAUGAAAGACGAAGGAGAAAUCACGGGACAAAAUGUGUACGAAAGCGCAAAAGCAGUGAAUAGCAUUGUUAACUUUGCUGCGGCAGAAACGAAGUCAUCAGCGAUCAUGUCAUUCUUAACUAGCAAUCAGGCAAAACUUGAAGAAAUUGUUUCUGGAACAUCAGGUUUAGGAGAGCUCGGGAUGCAUCUUAAAAGUAUUCCAUGGGUCUCUGUGCUCAGACGAAAACCCGAUGGCUACCCCGAAAGUCUUCCGUUCUGGGGAGAAACGCACUCAGAACCUUAUUUCCUAAAGCCUUCAGAUGUCAAGUACAAACAAGCAGCAAACAUCAUUGGAUCGACAAAAGCACUUGUCAAAGCUGAGCCAUGUGGGAAAUUCACCCGCUGCUUUUCAUGGAACGCAGACCCGGCUGUUUUGGACGUCGUGCAGCACUUGCAGAAUGUAAUAAGUUGCUACAGUCCACUAGACAAGCCGCGUUAUAUUAUCAUCGCCCAGGAAAUUUACGCCUUUCUCAGUGGUGCAGAUCAUAACGAAGUACUUGCUGCUUUGGAGAAUGUCAAGAACCUUCCGUGGAUUUGGAACGGAGAUGGAUUUUCUUCCCCUAGGUUCCUGAUAUCUCAGAAACCUCCGAUUGAUCUGACACCAUAUAUCCGUUCUCUUCCCUCAGAAGUGGCAAAAUUCUACGAGCUGUUUGCAAAAUUUGGCCUGCAAGAGAAGUGCGAUGACGCAUUUUUGCUAGAGGUUCUUCACUUAGUAAAAGAGAAGUACGAAAAUCACCCUCUGCCUCCCACGGCAGAGGUACGGAAGGACCUGCAGUUGUCUGUGGACAUUUUGAAUGAAAUUAAGCCAAACGUCGGAGAUCAGUUACCGCCCGCACUUCAAAAAAAGGUGCUCAUUCCGACACAUGUGGAAGACGAUGCGUAUGUUAAGCUUGCACCAGUUGAGAGAUGCAUGUACUGCGAGCAUGAGUGGUUGGAAAGAAGUAACCACGAUGGAGAAGAAGAUGAAGAGAUGGAAUAUUCUUAUGUACAUCCAAACAUUCCAAACAGCACAGCUGAACUUUUGCGCGUUCCAACGUUGAUGAAUCGAAUGUUGGAACCAGACGAACUGGGUAUAGGAGAGGAAUUCGGACAAGAAGAAAAACUCACCCGUAGACUUAGCAGACUUUUAGAGGAUUACACUGAUGGUUUUGCAGUACCCAAAGAACUUGUUCAAAAUGCAGACGAUGCAGGUGCCACUGAAGUGAGAUUUUUAUAUGACGAACGAACGAACCAGGAUGCCAUGACCUGUCUGAUUGACGAAGAAAUGAAACACUGCCAGGGUCCUGCUUUGUGGGUCUACAACGAUGCCGAAUUCAGAGACGAGGAUUUUACAAACAUCACAAAAUUAAACGGUGCCACAAAAGAACAAGAAACUGAGAAGAUUGGCAAGUUUGGACUUGGUUUCAAUGCAGUAUACAAUCUGACAGAUGUUCCAAUGAUUUUGAGCAGAAAUUAUUUUGUGAUUUUCGACCCGAACACGUUCUAUCUCGGAAAGGCAAUAACAAACAAGAACAAACCUGGAAUAAAGAUUGAUAUCAACAAAAACACAAAGAGACUUAAGAAUCUCGGCAAUCAGUUUAAACCGUUCAAUGGAAUAUUUGAUUGCGAUCUUCACCUGAGAAAAGACGACAACUCUUACCCUGGAACUCUGUUUCGUUUUCCAUUACGUACCAGAGAGCAGGCUAUUAAAAGUGAAAUCAAGCAACUUCAUUACGACAACAAACAAAUGAAAGAACUCCUGAAGCUUUUCGCCUCUGGUGCUAAGACUCUUCUUCUCUUCACGCAAAAUGUACGUCGUGUCAGCAUUUUUCACCUGCCGGAAGAUUCGAACUCCUCCAAGUCGCCUAUGUUACUGCUUGAAGUGAACAAAUCCUUUUAUCGUGAUGGAACGAUAAGGGAACUGUCUGUUCCAGUUACACUUCCACCGGCUGCGAGGAGCCUCAGUGGAGAAGAGCAGUACCUUUUGCAACAGUGCAAUUUUUUACGUGCGUCGUCCGAAGUUACCAAGAAUUUUAAACAUUCCACUACCUCCAAUUCAGUUUCACUCAGUUCUGGGCUCACGAUUACUAUCCGGAGUACCACUACUGAGGCUGGAAUAGCAUUUGUCGAAGGCAAGGACCGUUUACGAGAUGAGUUGGAGAUUUGGUGUGUUGCCUCUUCCAUGGGUAAAGGACAAGCAAUGCAAUUUGCAAAGGUUGAUAAGAGUCUACUCCCAUCAGCGGGGGUAGCAGCCAAGUUGAUCCCCGACAAGCGUGGAAAACUCUUACCCGUGCCUGUCGGCCAUUCGAUCACAGAGAAGGUGCAACAACCCAAGGGAAGAUUGUUCUGCUACCUUCCGCUCCCAAUAGUUAGUGGUUUUCCAGUACAUGUAAAUGGGACAUUUGCUGUAGCGUCUAACAGACGAAGCUUGAAAGAGAAGACAUUUGACGACAAGAAUUCAAUGGGAGUUGAGUGGAACAAUCAUCUUAUGCAAGAUUCAAUUUGUGAGGCAUAUCUUGACCUUCUCCAAGACGUAAAGAAGAUGGCCGCUGAUUCGUAUCUUUAUCACUUGCUGUGGCCUAGAGCUUGUAAGGUAGAUCCGAAUUGUGAGCCUCUCGCACGUUCAUUUUACCAACGUUUGACUAGUGGAGGCUAUGGUCUCUUUUCUGAUGGGAGGCAGUGGGUUGACCUUAGCCAGGUGGUCUUUCUUGAUCCAAAUUUUCGCCAAACUCCGAUAAUUGGGAAAUUGUCCUUCGAAGUUCUAAGGAGAUUGAAAAAAGAAAAUGAGGUCAUUAUUGACCUACCAGCUGAAGUCCACCAGUCUUUUCUUAAGUAUGGCCUUGCGGAAGAAAUCCAGGAUAAAGGCUACGACAAGUCAAGGUUCUUUCAAGAAUUAUUCUUCCCAAACAUCGCCUCUAUAGCAACAGACCUGAGGGAAAAGUUGGUUUUAUACACUCUUGAUGACAAAAAUGGAGAGUUUGACAGUCUGAUUAAGAAAUACGCUUGCAUUCCUGCCUCACCGGAUGGCCAAAAUCUGAAGUGUCCAGCUCAGCUUAUCAACCCCCAUAAGGGAGCCGCCUUGCUCUUUAGUCCCGACGAUAAAAGAUUUCCGUUUGGCACAAAGGAUACUUUUUUGAAUGGCGUACGACUUGUCAAGCUUGAACAACUUGGGAUGUUGACAGACAGCCUUACAUGGGAAGAAGUUGUAGAGAGGGCGGAGAGCAUUACCGUUUUAAAUAGGUUCUCUAGUACAUCUGCAUUAAAGCGCGCUGAAGCAUUGAUGGCUUAUCUAAAAAGAAAAUUGAUAUAUGAAAAGGAAAACUCUGUACCCGAUGAUGUUCGAAACAAUUUGAAAAAAGCCAGCUUUCUUCCUGUGCUUCAAAAACCGGAAAAAUUCCCUCUUCCUUGGAAAGGAGAUGAGCUACGUAGCGCUAAAGCAAGAUUAUUUGUUUCACCCGAAGAGUCCUAUCUUGAGAGCGAGAAGCAUUUAGUUUGUUGCAGUGAACCGAUAGUCGACAUGCAGAUCCCAGAAAGUGUGAAAACGUUCUUAGAUUUCGACAAACGGCAAGCCACCGUUGUUCAUGUUCGAAGGCAACUCGAGUUUGCCUCAACAGUGAACAUGGAUAUAUUGGAUUCUCCAGAAAUUGAUCACGUCGAAAGGCUGUGUUUAGAAUCUUACGGGUAUUUUCAGCGAUCACUCAGCAACGAAACAAUCCAGGAGAAGGAAGUAAAAGGGAUGUUUAAAGGACAAAAAUACAUUUUCUGUGGAAGGAAUUUCUUUUACACGGAACAACUAGCUUUCAGCAAGUUGGAGCACGAUUGUUCUCCAUACUUACAUCAGCUUCCGCAUCACUUAGCAAGAUCAUUUAAAAAUUUAAUGAAAAGUGCAGGUGUGAAAGAUGUUUUUGAUGCCGAAGAUUACGUCACCUGUUUGACGCGACUGAAGGAAGCGUUUAAGGAAGAAAAGCUUGAUCAGAUGGGUCUUCGACUAGCGGUUAACCUGGCUCUUGAACUCGGAGAAAGCUCAAAACACCCUCAAGAAAAGCUCUUUCUUCCUGAUUCUAAAGGUGUAAUGCGACCUGCCAAUGAACUUUGCAUGAGAGACUGCCCUUGGAUGCCCGACGAAAUCGACGUUUUUUUCGUCAAUGACAUGAUUCCCCCUGCAGUAGGUUCCAGACUGGGUGUCAAGACACGACGCGAGGAAGCAUUAAAGCAUUUCUCCAGCGGCAUUCCUUUUGGACAGAAGGAAAAACUUACAAAUCGACUACAGCGAAUUCUUACAGCUUACCCAUGCGAGAAAGAAAUCUUAAAAGAACUUCUCCAGAAUGCGGACGAUGCGCAAGCGACCGAGAUUUGCUUCAUUAAAGACCCUCGACAUCACCCAAGCGAAAGAGUAUUUGCAGACUCUUGGAAACGCCUGCAGGGUCCUGCAUUAUGCGUGUUUAACAACAAACCUUUCACUGAAGCCGAUAUCGCGGGAAUUCAAAAUCUCGGGGAGGGCAGUAAAGGAGACGAUCCAAACAAAACUGGUCAGUAUGGAGUUGGUUUCAAUGCUGUGUACCAUUUGACUGAUGCACCGUCGUUUGCCUCUAGAGGUGAAGAGAUUGGAGACGUUUUGUGCAUAUUUGAUCCGCAACGUAAGUACGUACCAGGUGCAACCAGUUCUGAACCAGGAAGGAUGUACCGAAACGUCCCAAAGUUGAGAAAAGUCUUUCCGGACGUUUUUUCCUGCUACAAUGAUGAGGAGUUUCCCUUACGCAAUUCAACAAUGUUCCGUUUUCCAUUACGAACUCUGGAAAUGGCGAAUAAUUCCAAGAUAUCGAAAUCACCGGUGACGCUUCAGGCAUUAGAUGAGAUGAUGUGCGCACUAAAGAAGGAACUUUUCGAAGUUAUGCUUUUUGUCAACAACGUUACAAAGAUUACUUUGUGUGAAAUUGAUUCGAAAACCGGGAAAACUAUGAACCACUAUUUCGUCGAGUCGAAAAUGACAGAGGAGGAUGCAGUGAAAAGGCAAGAGUUUGCGAGUCAUGUCCGACAGAUCGGGAAGUCAACUGGCCAAAGAGAUAACAUGUUUCCCAACAACAUUGAAGGGAAAAAGUGUUCGUAUGUUCUGAGGCUGCGAGACAGUAAUGGCAACGAGGAAAAGUGGCUUAUUGUACAACAGAUUGGCUUUGAUAACGUAGUGCAAGAAAGUAUUACAAAUGCUCACAGAAUGCGUGAUCUGGGAAUGCUACCACAAGGCGGAGUUGCUUGCCUUCUGGAAAAGAAGCCAACAAAGAACUCGCCCAAAAAAAGGAAGAAAAGGGCUUACUGCUUUCUUCCACUUCCUUUAGAGACUGACCUUCCAGUCCACAUUAAUGGUCAUUUUGCAUUAGACCAUGAGGCCAGACGAAAUCUGUGGAAGGAUGAAACUCGUGGUUAUCGUAGUGACUGGAACAACGCUUUGCUAGAAGAUGUGAUUGCACCGUGUUAUCUGACACUUCUGGAUGAAGUUAGGGAGUUUCUUCACUUGCCAUCAGCGCCAGAUAGGGAAGAAUUUACUCUUCAGUGCACUGAAGAGGCUUUGUUCAGGAAAAUCGACGAAUACGAAAAGCUUUUUCCAUUGGUAGUUUCGGGUGAGACGUACUGGGUGACCCUGGGAAGAGCCGUGUAUCAGAAGAUGGACGAGAGAAGAUUGAGACUUCUGCCAGUGGUGAGAGGUGGUGGAGCAGAAGGUACUGUUUCGGAGCAUCGACUGACAUGGCUCCCUCCGACAGGCGAGGGGAGAGAAAAAGCGUUCUUCAAUAACCUUGCAGAAGGUGGCUCUUUCCCUAGUCACGUAAAAGGUUUCGUCAGUAAAAGCGACAUUGAAAAAGAAGACAAAGGAACGCUUGAGAACAGGAAGAGAUUGGAAGAAAUAUUAUUGGAAACGGGCUUUAAUCUCGUUAAGUUCUCGUUAACUUUAAUGAAAGCAUUACAAAAUUCGUGUGUGGAUUGUUCUUGUGUAUCAGCUCCUGCAGUGGUCAGGUUCUACAAGACCUUCGGUGAUGCCGAACCCAUUUGCAAGAUUGGACCGAUUUCUGUUUAUAUUAAAAAGAGUCCAUUUAAGAGUACUGACAACGUCUCACUCUUGUUGAAGUAUUGCAAGGGGGAUACGAACUUCCUUGAAAACCUGCCAGGCCUCCCUUUACUUGUAACACAGGACAAUCAGUUACGUGCAUUCAGCACUACUGAUCCUAAAUUUCUGUCGCGUCAUCACAGCAUCCUACCGCAAUGCAGAGAAUUGUUUGUCCACGAACGUCUCAGGAUACACAUCUUUGACGAUGCAAGGAGUCAAGAAUCAUCGGUGUUUCGGCAUUUUGGUGUACAAGACUUCGCCACUAACUUGAAUCGAUGCCUACCAUCGGAGUUUUUUACUGGAGACGACUAUGUUAGGUGGUGCCCGACGCAAGAAUCAGUGCCUAGUAAGCGCUGGGUGCAGGGUGUUUGGAAUUUCCUUUAUGAAGAAACUAAUUAUGUGUUGAAGAAAAUGGAGCAGACUGAAAGAGAGAGAAGCACCUCUGCAAAGCACGAAGGGGAAAUCAAAAGGAUUCAAAGAAUACUUCAACCUCUUUCUAAGUGGAGUAUCCUUCCGUGUAUUGAAACAAGACAAAUGACGUCAAGACGUGGAAGCAUCGUUGAGACACUAGAGCACUGCCUAGUGCCGUUGAGCCUCGCACAGUCUGUCCUUGACUUUACAUGUUACGAUGAGAAUAGCAAACCUCUUGUUGAAGCUUUGAGGCGGCUCAACUUAGCCGAAGUGAACUACACAAUAUUGAGGCCAGAUUCUUGUUCUCUCGCACGUAAGCUGGUAACAUCGCUUAAAACACCAGAAUCUCUUCUCAAAUGUUUUGAGCAGAAAUUGAAGAAAACCCCCAACGCAUUUGAAGGCAAAUUGAAGUCCUCAGAAUGUCGCACUAUUUUGAAAUGUUUCAGUGACAGCGUCAAUAGAUUGGAGGAACGUGACAAAACCACACUGAAAGAGCUUCCUUUCUACCAAGCAACACAUGGCAAACUAACAAGUGUGGGUAGUGCAGAGGUUUGUGUCCUACCUAUUGACAUUCCACGGAAAGAGAUGGACACUCUUGGACUUCGAAGGAAAGUGACUUUUCUAGAAGCGAGUCGUUCACUGGCUCCCCUUUUUCAAUUUCUUGAAUUCCAAUGCAUUUCCUCAGUUGAUGUGUAUUGCAGCUUCAUUUUGCAAACCUUCGACAUUUUCAGUAAAGAGGCAAGGUUUGAUCACCUGGAUUAUAUCCGUCGUUAUAUUCUUCCGAGCAGGUCAAUCAAUGACAACGACAAGAGUAGGCUCCUGGCUUCUUUAAAGAACACGGCAAUCAUCACUUGCGAGGAUGGAAGCUUAAGGAAGGUAUCCUCCUUCUACGACCCCCGUAAUGAAGUCUUCAGAAUUAUGUUUGCAGAGGAUAAGUUCCCUCCGGAACCUUUUAAGGAUCAAAGUUGGCUGUUGUUUUUAGAAGAGACCGGGCUAACAUGUGAGGUCUCAAGUAGCCUGUUCACAAUCUUUGCCAACGAUGUCGCCCUUGAAGGAGCUAUACAACGUUCAGAGAAUACUGUCAAAAAGUCGAAAGUAUUGGUAAAGAACCUUUUUUGUCGACAGGAUGUAGUAGCAGAAGAGCUUCUACAGGCUGUGUGCGACAUUAGCUUUGUGGCCACUGAACCUGUCGAGGAAAAGUUUCGUCAGCUCCAUCAGCAGUUUGGUGAAGUAAGUGGUCAAACCCCCUUCAUUUCGUUCAAAGGAUCUGUGAUUGCAAAGCACACUGAGAUAGUUUGGACGGCGGCACCUCUGCUUCCACAAUGGGCACAUCCUUUGAACUAUCAGCACCAGAUGACAUUGUUAGGUGGAGUAAGUGUCAAUUACAACACUAUCUGUUCCUGUCUUCAGGUUCUGACAGAGCCCAACCUUGACCUGGUUAUCUCCCACUGCCAAAAUUUAUGCUCUAAGCUGGAAAAACAAAACUACAGAGAUGUACUGGAUGAGGAUAAAUACACCAGAAUUUCAGUGAUGAGAGGCAUAUACGCGUUUCUUCAAGAAAAGGCCGUCUCAAACAUCAUUGAAACAGAGAGGCUGAAGGAUACUCCUUGUGUUUUGGUAGAAGAGGGAGGUCGUUUUGUUCACUCGAAACAAGUAGUCCUUGAAUUGUACGAAAAAGAUGAGAUUCGACCCUUUCUUUAUGGAAUGCCUGCAGAGUUAAGUGAGUUUAAAAGACUCUUCCAAUAUUUGGGAUGUUCCCCAUCUGUCAAACCGUCUCACUACGUCAUGGUUCUAGAUAUGUUACACAGGCGAUCAAUGGAAAAUAUGUUGGAACCAAAUGAGGUUAGUUUCGCUUCAAGAGCAGUGAAAGGUCUUUUUGAAACGCUUCAAGACAUUCCAAGUGGAAUGGAUGGUAUAUCUAAUCUGUACCUACCUUCUACAUGUCUAUUUAGUAGCAGUUUGGUCAUGGAGGUACCACCUAUCGUGUUGGCGAGGUCGACAGAAUUAAUUUUCGAUGACGCUCCAUAUUACCAUGAUCGAAUUCGAGAAUUUGACUUUCCUGUUGUUGUUGACCUUAGGAAGGCUGGAGUAUGCAUCAAGUCCAAUGCAAAUUACAAAGACCUGAUGAAGCUUCUUCCUGCUACUGUCCAACCUCAGAUGAUGUCCGAAGUUAUCGAAGAGAAACUCGUGGAAGAUGAUAGUAAUUCAGUUUUCGAAUUUGGAGCUGCAGACUCACUGAAGAAACAAUUUAGCUCCGAGCAGUUCUAUCGUGGAAUUGUCAGGCUUAUUCGUCACGCCAAUCAAGAUGGAGGUCUUGAUCAAAAUGAAGUCGCAGCUGCAAGGAGCAGUCUGCAAAACAUCGAAUUCUUUGGAAUGGGUCAGGUUGUUACUCACCUGGUUCAUAAUGAACAGGUCAUCCAAGGGAGUCAGCAGGAAGUUCCCUUUUACAUGAAGAAAAUUUCAGAAUGCGGUCAAGAGAUGUGGAAAGUAUACGUCAGUGCUGCGGAGAACGUUGAAGUAGUCAUGUCUGCAAUAUCAGUAAAGCUAUCAGAGGUGAUUGAACAAGCGUGCAGAGGACUGCUGGGAAAUGCUAUUCGCUACAUUCCUGAGAUGCUUCGUUGCGACCCAACUAUGAUAAGUUCCAUUUUAGAUAAGUUUAAGAUUCGUUCAGACGACUCCUAUGAUGCAGAAAAAGGAAAUCUACUCCCAGAACCAGGUAGUUUUAUUCCUCUUAAACUUCACAACCUCCUAAAUCCUGCUUUCAAAUCCUUUUUCCCCGAGGAGUAUGUUGGAUACGAAUUGGAUGAUCCCAGUCUUCAACUUCAAGAAGGAGAUGUAACCUACAUCUACGCUGUCAUUAUUGAAGAGGUGACGACUGACACACAAAGCCCCCUGACUAAACGUUUCAAAAUCAAUAUUGGGAGCAAGAGGGAACCUGUAAUUGUCCAGGCUUCAGAAUUAUACCAAUUUCACCGUUUUCAAGAAAUAGAAUCCUCUGCCAUGGUUCAGUUUGACCAACAAGAAAGCCCUCAGUCUACAAUGGAUAAGGGGACGAUUUUGAACGCUAUAUCCGAUAUGAUUGAAGAAGCUUGGGGACUAUCAGAAGAUAUGAAAAAACAGGUUUUCAAGCGCCUCAUCCUACAGUGGCAUCCAGACAAGAAUCCAGAAAACAAAGGGCUGUACACAGAGGUUUUUCAACAUAUAAUGAGUGAAAUUGAAAGAUUAGAAAAGGGAGAGUUUCGGAGACGUGAAGGAUGCACCCCACGUGAUGGGACUUAUCAGGGGUCUUAUAGUGCCUUCUUUUACUUCUGGGGAGCGCGUGCAAGGCAAUAUAAUUCAGAUCGUCAAGAGUACAGUGAAAGAUUUGCCAGGCACCGUGGGUCUGGUAGUCGUAAUUCAUGGUCAUGGCGUGUUCCUCCUGACUUCUGUGAUACAAAUCCCCAGCCAGCAGAGGCACGGCGCUGGUUCAGACAGGCUGAGGCUGACUUAGCAGCUGCCGAUAACGACAUUGGUACUGCAAAACCUUCGUACGUGUGGGCUUGCUUCAAAUGCCACCAGGCUGCAGAGAAAGCAUUGAAGGCUGCCCAAUAUUCCGUAGAUUCUAACAAAACCAAUGUUCACAACCUGGUGCAAAAUUCCCUCAAGCUGAAAGAUUCGAAUCUGACUUCGCUGUCCCGUGAUCUUGAGUCUCUCCUGGGUGACUCAACACGCAUGCGCUACCCGGACCAAGUUUGCUGUCCUCGUAUACCAAGCGACAUUUACACUCAUGAAAAGGCCUGUGAGGCAGUGCGAUUAGCCACCAAGAUACUUGAUAAUGUGAAGAGCAAAGUCCAAUAA